CGUAGUACGUGCUUUCGUUGUUUAAUGUGUGUGUGCCGUUUAAUUUCUUUUGCGGGAGUUGUUUUAAUCGUUACGAGAUUUUUUAACCUCCGACAGAUAGUUUUAUAAUCUAUUUUAAAGUCUAAUUUGUUUUAAUUGAUCUAAUAGUACUUUUAAUUUGAUCCAAAUCAUAACAAGCUUUGAACUGCAGCUGUAAUGUUUGUUUAGCUUCUCUGUCAUGCCCGUAAUCGAUUUUGUGACAGUUGCUUACUUCUUCAAGUGAUAACACAAGCAUUAACCUAAACUUACUAUGAAUGAACUGUUCAAAUUGUUAAGAUGAUUUACCACGCUUGUUUCUGACGUGUUAGUAGGCCUACAAAAGUGAUGAUUAAAAUCUUUCAUCUUUAAGUUAGGUUAGCGGUGUCAAUUUUAGUGUUGUAAACAAACAACCCAAAACCAUGGCUGAUGACGAAUCAAGCGUUCGUGUAGCAGUAAGGAUCAGACCACAGAUAGCGCGAGAGGUGAUAGACAUGUGCAGAGUGUGUACGACAGUAACGCCAGGCGAGCCACAGGUCACUCUGGGCAGUGACAAGUCCUUCACUUACGACUAUGUGUUCGACAUGGGCCAGCAGCAGGAGAACAUUUACGAAACUUGUGCUCGGGGCUUGGUCGACGGGUCGCUGGAAGGAUACAACGCCACCAUCCUAGCCUAUGGACAGACCGGUUCUGGGAAGACGUACACGAUGGGGACUGGGUUUGAUGUAGACCUAGAGCCUGAGCAAGUAGGCAUCAUUCCCCGUGCCAUCAACCAUCUGUUUGACGGCAUCAACCGUGUGGUCCAACAAGCGAAGGAAACGGGGGAGGCUCCGCCACAGUUUAAGGUCUCUGCUCAGUUUCUGGAACUGUACAAUGAGGAGAUCAUAGACUUGUUUGACACAUCACAAGAUUAUACUCUAACAAAGUGUAAGAGUGGCAUCAAGAUUCACGAGGAUGCAAACCAUUCCAUCUACGUAACGGGAGUCACCUCUGUCAAUGUACACAAUGCGGACGAGGCAUUAAAGUGUCUUAGACAGGGUGCCUUGUCUCGUACGACCGCUUCCACACAGAUGAAUUCCCAGAGCUCUAGGAGUCAUGCCAUCUUCACACUCCACAUAAAACAGCAGACGGUGGCAAAACUGGAGAAGGAUGAGUCAGAGACUGAUGAGAACGACACAGGAGCUAGUCAAGAGUUUGUGACGCUCAGUGCCAAGUUUCACUUUGUAGAUCUGGCUGGCUCAGAGAGGCUCAAGAGGACAGGAGCCACCGGGGAGAGAGCAAAGGAAGGGAUAUCCAUCAACUGUGGACUGUUGGCCUUGGGCAAUGUUAUCUCAGCUUUGGGUGAUAAGAGUAAGAGAGCCCUGCACGUACCUUACAGGGACUCUAAACUGACUAGGCUGCUACAAGACUCAUUGGGAGGCAAUAGUCGAACCGUGAUGAUCGCUUGUGUCUCCCCGAGCGACCGUGACUUCAUGGAAACGUUGAACACACUCAAGUAUGCCAAUCGAGCACGCAACAUUCAGAACAAAGUGACAAUCAACCAAGAUAAAUCAUCUCGCACCAUCUCACUGCUACGCCAACAGAUACAAGAACUGCAACUGGAACUGUUGGAGUAUAAACAGGGUAAGCGAGUGGUGGGAGAAGAUGGGGAAGAGGCAGUGAACGACAUGUUUCACGAGAACACAAUGCUGCAGAAUGAGCUGAGCAACUUGCGGACAAGAGUAAAGGCAAUGCAGGACACCAUCGAUGCUCUCAGUGCCAAGAACAUUCAGCUGUUGGCAGAGAAGGCCACUGGAGCCUGGAUGAGCUCAGAGGCCGGUGCAGAAGGUGACAUGACGGAAAUGAUUCAGAGCUAUCUGAAAGAGAUCGAGGAGUUGAGAGCCAAGCUGGUAGAGUCUGAAUCCGUAUGUCAACAACUAAGGAGGAGUCUGGCCAAGGGAGUAGUGGGGGGACGACCUCCCCUGCCUACCUCUCCCUCCAACGGCAACGUAGACUCACUCAUAGCUCAGGCCAAGAGAGAUCUACAAAAAGACAUGGAAGCACUGGCUAGAGGCAAAGAGGCUCUCUCAGAACUGAAGAAAAAUGGAGCCAAUGAGGACUCUGAACAAGAGGAGAGCGAUGAAGAGAGUGAGUCUGAGACAGAGUCAGAAGAGAAGGACAGUGAGUACAGUCAAGAGUUGGCUGAGCUGACGUCCGAGAUCAACCUGAAGCAGAAGCUAAUAGAGGAGUUGGAACAUUCCCAGCGGAGACUGCAUUCUCUCAAGCAGCACUACGAGGAUAAGCUGCUGCAGCUUCAGGCCAAGAUCAGAGCCACGCAGGAGGAGAGGGAUACUGUGCUGGCGUCCUUCAGUGGUCAAAACAACCAACCAACAGAGAAGGUGAAGAAAGUCAGAGAUGAGUACGAGAGGAAACUCUGCGACAUGCAGAAAGAGGUGAAGAAGUUGCAGACGGCAAAGAAGGAACAUGCGAAGAUGUUGCGAAACCAAAGUCAGUACGAAAGCCAGAUCAAGACACUCCGUAAUGAGGUUAUGGACAUGAAGAAGGUCAAGGUGAAACUGAUCAACAAAAUGAGAGAAGAGACAGCAAGGCACAAAGAGAUGGAGACAAAAAGGAACAGAGAAAUUGCUCAACUGAGGAAAGAAUCGAGGAAAAGAGAAGUUACUAUCAAGUCACUAGAAGCAGAGAAGAGAGCAAAGGAUGUUGUCCUGAAAAGAAAGCAGGAAGAGGUUCUUGCUUUGCGUAAGGUUGCUAGAGGAGACCUGAGUCGUAAAGCUGCUGGCAGAUUUCCACCCAAACUCAACUCAUCCAGUCCUCGGCUGGCCAAACAGAAGUGGGCGGCUCUUCAGAAGAACAUCAACUCCGAGACUUUGUACAAGCAACAGAUAGCCAACUUGGAAUUGGAGCUUGACAGGCUGGUAGAAGACAGAAAGAGUCUAAACGAGCAAGUGACGGCUAAGGAGAGAAAGCUGAGUGAGUUGCGGCUGAAACAACCAAGGGAGAGAGUCCUCAUUAGAGAUUUGGAAGAAGAAGUAGAGUCUCUGAGAGCCAACCUGAAGUAUGUAGAAGACAGUAUCACAGAGUCUCAACAGAGCAUACUGCAACUGGAGGAGUCCAAGGAUAUUGGAGACUGUGCAGAACUAGUGUCAGGAAUGCGAGACCUAGGCGAAGCUUCAUACAUCAUAGAGAAGCUGUACAACAUGACCGUGUUCCAGAGCUACAUGGCGUCUCAGAAAGAAGCGGCGUUACAUGAGCUACGGGCCAGACAAGAUCAGUUGGAGAAGGAAAGUGAGACGCAGAGACAGUUGUUGGAGCACAUUGUUGGAAACCCGUCCAAGGAGCGGCCACCUAACAGUUCUAACAGUUCCAACGCCUCCUCUAGGUCUCCCUCCCCAACUGACAACUUGAACGGAAACACGUUCCUAAGUGUCAAUCAACAUCACUCUAAGUCUGAAAAGUAUAGGAAGCGUACAGCUCCAGUCGAGGAACUUUUGUAUGCCAACGUGGAGAAGAGAACGAUAAUUCCGUCCUUGUCACCGGAACAUAUGCCUCCUCCCGCGCGGGCCCUUACUAGGGUUCCCAGCGCGCCAACAUCGCUCAAGACGCUGAGUGUGAAGCCAGAACCACCGGUGCCAUCGCCGGUGCUAGGUAGAAAGGCACUUGCGCGCCAAGACUCCACUUCCCCCCGUCCUGUGAGGAGAGGCACGUUUGUGUUGCCCCCCGGCACGUCUCUGGCGCGAUCGUCCUCUACGUCUACCUCAAUGGAGCAGGGGCUAGAUGUGAGUCCGCCGUCGUCACCACCGCCUUACCGCAGAGCUACGAGCAGAGAUGAGAACGUGUUCUCACGCCUCACUUCCAGCACGAUGCAGAGUAAUGACACGCAGAUGGGCAACGGAAUCAUCACCACCUACCAGGGCAAGGUUGGCCUGAGAGCUCCACUGGUGUGUACACAUGUGGCUGAAGGUCACUCAAGAGCCGUCCUUGCAGUCGCAGCAACAGACGAUCUGCUCUUCACAGCAUCCCGAGAUCGUACAGUAAAGGUGUGGGAUCUGACUGAGGGUAAGGAGAGUCAGACACUAGGAGGUCAUCCCAACAAUGUGGUGACUGUCAAGUAUGACCAAGAGACCAGACUAUUGUACAGUGUCUCCACAGCUUAUGUCAGGGUGUGGGACUUGAGGACAGCCAAGUGCAUAAGGACACUCUGCUCGUCUGGGUCCAGCACCAACGGUAUCAUCAGUGGACAGCAGAUUCCUAGCGGAGAGGCUCAGAUGAAUGAUAUCGCGCUCAACCACAAUGGUCGCAUACUCUACACAGCUGCAUCUGACCGGGUCCGUGUCUGGGAUGUCAGAAAGUUUGCCGUGACGGGGAAGCUCAGUGGAGGUCACCAAGCGGCCGUCAUGUGUCUUGCCGUGGGUAAACUGAGCGCUCACGAGGACAUUGUUGUCACUGGGUCUAAAGAUCACUACAUCAAAGUGUUUGAGGUGGCGGGAGAGGAAGGGGGAACGUUUUCACCCAGAGUGAACCUGGAGCCCCCGCACUACGACGGGAUACAGUCACUGGCCAUCCGAGGACACGAACUCUUCUCUGGCUCUAGAGACUCCAUCAUCAAGAAGUGGGAUUUGGACAAGCAGGAGCUCAUCACGAGUGUAAGCAAUGCACACAAGGACUGGGUGUGCGGCCUGGCCUACAUCCCCGGUCAGCCGUUGUUGGUGUCCGUAUGUAGAGGAGGAGUACUCAAACUGUGGAGCAGCGACAACUGUCAACUACUCGGAGAGAUGAAGGCUCACGACUCACCCAUCAAUGCCAUCACCACCAACAACUCACAUUUGUUCACAGCGGCCAAUUGUGGCGAGGUGAAGAUCUGGAGAGCCCCGCAGCUGCCCAACAACAAUCCGAUGACAAUGUCUACAGGCCGGGUCUUUCAACUGUCCGUCUGAAUUGCUUUUGUUUCUGUUACAGUAGAAUAUGGAAGUGCAAAAAAGGAUUUUGUUCUUUUUGUCUGGUAAUGGUUCUUUGUUAAACUGUAUUUUUUGCUCUA